GCGGGAGCAAAAAGGGAGGCGCGCACGUCGGUACUCGUCACACGCGCACAGAUAUGUGGUGAAUGCGCGUCGCACCUGACUGACUUGCCUCCGUUGCGUCGGUGUUGUACCGAUACAAGCUCGUUCGUUCGGUACAAAGAGCUUAUCGGUGUAUAGCUGACAGGCCCCGACACUGUGUAUUGUUUUGAACUGCAGUGCGUGCAUUCCUGUGAACCCUCUGUUGUCGUGAGGCGAGGAACUCAACGGCCGGCGAUACUUUUGGGUGAUUGAAAAGGAGUGAGGUGGCUGUGUGCGUUGAGUAAGGAAACGGCGACCGCCAAUAAUGGAACAGGACGAGCUCGAAGAACUCAAGAGCGAAUUACAACUACUAAACAUCAAGAUAAAGGAAGGGCAACAGAUGGCCGCUGACAAGACCUUUCAGGAAGUGCUCAAGGAUAUCGAGAAAGAGGCCAAGUUCCGGGUCAAGCAGCGCCGCAUCCUCAAGGGACACAUCUCUAAAGUGACCUCAGCGCACUUCUGUGGAGACAGCAAGAAGGCGGUGUCAGGAUCACUGGACGGCAAACUCAUCAUCUGGGACGUCUUUUCGGGAAACAAGAUGCGUGUGAUUCCGUUGCGCUCCAGCUGGGUGAUGGCGUGCGCGUUCGACGAGCAGGGCAAUUACGUGGCCGUCGGAGGCAUGGACAACAUGUGCACCGUCUACGACCUGCGCGGCACAAACGCCAAGGUGCGACGCGAGCUGGCCGGCAUGGACGGAUACCUGUCCAGCGUGCGUUUCCUCGGAGACUCGCAAGUCAUCACCGGCUCCGGAGACACGCACGUUGUCCUGUGGGACUUGGAAAGGGGACAGAAAGUCGUGACGUUCGAGGCUCACGAGGGUGACGUCAUAAGUCUGUCGUUGAACCCCGACAAGACGACAUUCGUUACCGGAUCUGUGGACAACACAGCACGGCGACGAUCUCGCCUUGUUCGAUGCAGCUCUGGGACAUCCGCGAGAAGGAAUGCCGCCAGACGUUCCGGGAGCACGAAGCUGACGUCAGCUCGGUCUGUUUCCACACUGGGGGCAACGUGUUCGCGACGGCCUCGGAGGACAAGUCGUGCAGGCUGUUCGACGUGCGCAGCGACCAGCAAUUGUGCCGCUACCAGAACCCACGCGAGUCGUCCGCCUUCACGAGCUGUGGCUUGUCGCUCUCCGGAAGGCUUCUCUUCGCCGGCGCCGACGACCACGACGUCCACGUCUGGGACACGUUGUCCACGCGUAGAGUCGGUGCCCUGACUGGCCACGAGAACAAGGUGACGUCCCUCUCCAUCAGUCCCGACGGUGUGGUGGUAGUGACUGGUUCCUGGGACUCGAGCGUCCGUGUGUGGGGCUGAACGACAGCGUCACUCAAACACACCUAUCCACACAACUUCACGAUGCAGACAGCGCAGCGCACGCGUACGUUCGUACAGCAUUGUACUCGGGAUGUUUCCAUACGGUUUUGAAAAGUUGCCUUAGGAAGCUCGCUGGCGCCCACGAUUCGCAGGCCCUGGAUUCCCAGCUCAUUUUACGCGGCUUCAAGGUGUAACAGCACGUUCCAAGAAAUUAUUUCGAUUCAUAAGCAAUUAACUUGCUUAGAGAUGGAAUUCAGAGCAUUGCCCAGUCUAUUUACAGUCCAGACCUGGCUGCUUGAAGACAAGAAUGCUCAGUAGCCUGGCAAGAGAAAGGGUUCGGAGUUGGCAACCAACCUUUGGAGUGUGUACCCAGGUCAAUUACUAACAGGGGAGCCUGCUCGUGAUAAGUAAAUUCACUAAGUAAUGUUAGGCUGGAGUACAUACGACAGACAUUCCCAAAUCAUGAUCGUAAAUCCACUGUUGUCACCAAGGCAAAAGGUGUGUACAUGGCAUAUUGCCACUUAACACAUGGUGCUGAAACUUGAACAAAGGAACUUUUUGGGAAAUUUCCAGCGCGCACACAACAGACAAGGACAUGAGGAAAGACAACCUCACACCCUUGUGUCGUCUGCAUGCUGAAAAUUUCCCAAAAUGUAUUCAUACCAACUCGCCCAGCUUUCUAUACUUUUAAAACAAACUUGAGAACGACACAACUAGCAGAGAAACAGGAAACGACAGGCGUAAAGUUAGAUCGGAAGACUGCACAAUGUGUAGGUCCCAGUGACUAGAAUGGAUUACAGAACAAAUGGGGGUAGCCGAUGUUCUUGUCGACAUUAAUCGAAAUAAAUGGACCUGGACUGGCCAUGUAAUGCGUGGGAGAGACGAGUGGUCAGUUAGAGCAACGGAAUGGAUACCAGGGAAUGAGAAAUGCAGCCGAAGACAGCAGAGCGUUAGAUGGAGUGAUGAAAUGGAGAAGUUUGCAGGCAUAAAAUGGGGUCACCUCACGCAAGUUGUUUAUUGGGGAUCGUUGGGAGAGGCCUUUUUCCUGCAGUGGACAAAAAAUAGGCCGAGGAUGAUGAUGAAUCAUGAUCUGGCAUUGUCUAUGUCAUGCAAGUUAACUUCAAAGCAGACAUUUCCAGCCUGACGUCGACGUCUUCACCCAAGCUCAUGAUCUCUGCAUGCCUAUGAAUGCUACUUCAAUAAGACGACUGAAAUCCAAUCUUGGUACUGUGAGCCUUCCAGUGGACUUUGUUCAUUUGAGUCUGUUUUCCUGAAUACCGUACAUUUUCUUGUCCACCUACUCCAUAUCAUGAGUGCACUGUGGUCAUCGUGCAGUGAAAUAAGAUGCAGUGACAGGAGACAAUGUUUCAUUUUGUUGCAGUACAGUGCAGCUAAAAAAAAAAACGACGUGGAAACACUUCACUGUCAUCCCUAAUGAGUACCACGCAGCUGCAAAACCAUAAGUGAAACGUCAACACGUUUUAGAUGCUAGCGUUCAUGGAGGACUGCGGCAAGUGAGACAUGCGACUGGCAGGAUGGUGUUUUGUACGUAAAGACAAACAGCUUUAUUGGACAAGUUAAAUAACAUACACAAGGAAACUGGUUUCACAAACAAGACUGAAAGCUACAUACUGAAAUAAGACACACAGGCUGACCAGGUGUCCCAAUAAAACACCCGGGAACGUCUUUCCAGCCAAUUCCCCACAAUUGUUUUUAUGCCCCUCCCUUUUGCGUCCACGUGUAUGUGAUGGUUUGUCAAACGACGGCUUGUAAGGGCCGUUUCAAACCCUCGUCCUAUUUGUGUGUAGCUGGUGAAAAAAAUUUUUUUUUU